AUGGCAACGGCUACAGUGCUCACCACGAGCGCUCCUGAACCAGACAGCCGCAAGGAGCCGAACCUACUUCGCAAGAGCCCGAGCCUAAAAUCACCUCCUGGAUUAUCGCCGCCCCAGCAUAUAACUAGGCGGCACUCGUGGACUGCAAACACGCGCCAGCCAACGCGUGACCGUUCGCUCGUCCCUACGAUCAUGGAGGCCUCGGAAGCCCGCACUUUCCGCGAGGCGAUGCCUCAGUCCCAGGACUCUUUGAUGAGCAGCAAGCGAGCCUUCUCGAACACAAGAGCCGGUGCUACCUUCGACAUGGCGUACUUCCUGAGACACACGGGACCAACAAAAUCGGCGAGCGAGACAGCAAAGGAGAGCGCCAAGAAGCCUGGCCGUAAAAAAAGUCGAGGCAUCUUCAAGAAAAAGAAAGAGAGUCCAGAUCAGGAGGCGCCUGCAGCUGUGAGACAAAGCUCUACCAUUUUUGUGCCUCCGGAGGGCGUAGAGCAGAAAGUGACAGCUCGAGGUCACAAGUAUCUCCAGAUCCUGCCACACCCGGACUUGCUUGAUCUUGGACAAGCCUAUUCACCUCGACUCUUCUGUAACCCGAACACGGAGCAAACUGAAGUCGUUAGUAGUGACGCGCUUGAUACGUGGAUCUCCUGCUCAUUGGAGACUCGACCGCAUGGUGAGGAUCUGAGCGUCAAACCACCUGGUAUCGAUGGCAUGCAUGCACAUGAAUGCGCAGAGUCAUUGCCACCCAGUCGUCCGAAGACGCCUGUAAGCUGUUCAACAGAAGCGCGAUCCGUAAAGCGACCACCUGAAGGGGGAUUUGGGCUGUCCAUCAUCGACGGACAUGCGACGGCACCAUAUUCGAAUGGCGCAAUAGCAAACGCUGCGCUCAAUAGCAACCCCCCAUCGGAUCCAGGAAGUCCGAAUCCAGGAGCUCUACAUUUGUGCGUCUAUGAGGAAAAUAAGAGCACUGAGGCGACAGAGAUGCCGCCGCUAAAGAAGAGCAUAAAUACGGACGAGAGCAAGAUAUUCGGUGUUCGUCCAGAGGCAAUAUCAGCUGAGGAAAAGGAGAAAUUUGAUCGAAGAUGGACGGAUGUACUCGCUGACCAAGGACCUCGAAGUCCAGGUAGCGAUGAUGUUGUAACAACCGAACCGGAGACCGAACCGUCGCCUUCGGCAGCCACGCAGGCUCAUCGCAGCCGAGAGGCUGCGGCACGAGCCAGAAAGAUCAAAGAGCUGCAGCUAGCCUACAGAAACAUCGACGGGCUGGUGAAGGACUUGACACAGAACGAAGAAGUAGGGUCGAGCCGAGAUCAGGCGCUCGUUGAGAGCGCAUGCGACAACGACGAGGCGGCCAGGGCGACGUUGCGACACCAAAAUCAGCAGACCAAGACGAUGGUGGUGGCGGAGCAGGCGCCGCAACCGCGGAACCGACCGACGCGCAAGCCGGCACGUCUGGUGCUGCGAGACAGCUCGAUCCUAGAGAACACGACGGCGGUCCGCGCCGACGACGGGCCGGGCGCAUCGAGCGACGGUAGCCCGGACGCGAAGGUGGCGCCGCAGCCGAGGGCGAGCUCGUCGCCGCAGGCACCCGGUAUCCCGACCAAGUCGACUGCGCGGAGCACGCUGACGCCGACGUCCGGCGGGGUCGGCGCACGCCUGCACGGACGUCACCACUCGACGCCGCUCACGCCGCAGGCCGUGACGGCGACGGCGAACCUGGCGGGCGGCACGCGCACGAGCGUGUGCAGCUCGCACACGUCGCACAGCAGGGAGGCGCGGCUCGAGGCGCGCGUGGAGGCCUUGGAGCGCGAGAACAGGCUGCUCGAGGCCGCGCUGCUGGCCGUGCUGAAGACGUCCGGCACGCUGAACCGGUGCCCCUGCGGGGUGCUGAAGGAGCAGGCCGAGCGCACGCCGGCGUCGAGAGCGCCGCUGACGCUGUCGGGAACGUGGCCCAGAGCGUACGGCACGGAGUUGCGCAAGGUUAGCGAGGAGCACGCCGGCGCGGCUUCUGCAGUCCACGCGUACGCUUCGACGGUGCCGUCCAGCAUAGACACCAGACGAGACAGCGCGGGAAGCAAUGGCAGCGGCGUGAGCGCGCUAGAGGUCUACCUCCGGACGAAGAUUGGCGCCUGAGCAGGCAUCUCCUUUCGCGGUCUAUGGUCCGCAUUUAGAUUUGGGAAACAGCUUACUUGGGAGCCUGCUGGGCAGGGGACAUGGAGAACAAAUCUUUUUGAAAUACGCGCGAGGAGAUACCAAUACAUGCAUACGACAGCAUACCCGGUUUCACUUGUACCUGUACAGAUUACAAAGCAUCCGAGACACUUACUUUGUGCAAUAAACCAUUCUUCUACUGAGAGGAGCCACUUUCCGUCAAGUCUUUUGUCUUUGAUCUACCAAGUCGAGCUUGCCGGCUGAACGUCAACGAGAGAUGUGGAUGAAGAGAGGAGGGCACGGAACGCACGUCAAAGACCAGCAGGAAGUCGAACGAAUGCCUAAGUUGAAUUACGAAGGAUUGAAAUUCCAUCCCAUAAAGCGAGACCGCCCUUCUCGCCGCCCAUGUACUAUAUGUAUCCCAUACGCACAACCCGAUAUUACAAAGACUUCUUUUUGCUCCAGUAACAGCGCUUUAACGUUGAAAAUAAAGGUGGGCAGAAGGACAACAGGUGGUAGAGAUGAAGGUUGAAAAAAAAGCAAGUACUCGCAAUUACAAAAGCCAACAGCAGCAGAAACAAAUCGACGACGCAAACAGAUAUGCUCUUCCUUCUCAAAGUAAACCACUAUCAUGAAUGAGCGCAUAGAUACAAAGAACCGUAUAUACCUUGUUCUCGUCUCCGA